AUGUAAAUAUAUUAAGUCCUUAUAUUAAUUGUUAGUGCUCUUGCAUCUCCAAUAACUCUUAACGAACGUAGAUACUUUCAAGAUUAAAAUGGAGCAAUUAGAAUUUUUCAUGGAUUUAAUGUUGUCUAUAAAUAAGCUCCUUACAUACCAAAAACGGAAGGGUUUGACUAUAUGGAGUCCUUUAGCGAAGAGGAUUGUUAAAUUUUAAGCAAGAAUGGCUUUAAUGUGAUUAGACUUCAUGUUUCAUUUGAAGGAGCUAUGCCAAAGAGAGGUGAAUUGGAUGAGGAAUAUUUAGAUAAGAUUUUGAUGAUUGUGAAAAUGGCGGCUAAAUACAAAAUAUAUGUUAUUUUGGAUGCUCAUUAAGACUUAUUUAAUAGGUAAUUUUGUGGAAAUGGAUUUCCUGAUUGGGCAGUUGAUAAGAAAGACUUCCCAUUUCCAAAAACUUUAUAAAUUAGAUUUAAUGAAUAAGGCUAUCCAAUAUUAGAGGAUUGUUAUUAGUAAAAGUUUGCUUUAUAUUAUUCUACAAAUGAUAUUGGAAGGCAUUUCGAGAUGCUAUAUUCAAAUUAGAAUGGAUUGGCUGAUUAUUAUGGGUAAUUUUGGUAAAGAGUAGCAGAAAAACAUAAGGAUGAAUGGAAUGUGAUAGGAUAUGAAAUUUUGAAUGAGCCUUCUCCAGGAAAUUUUUAAAAAGGCAUAAUUGACUUCUUUUGGCCAGGUCUUGCAAAUUAAAAAUAUUUGGUUCCUCUUUAUAAACUCAUUCAUAACUAUAUAAGAAAAGUUGAUAAUGAAAAAUUAAUAUUUUUUGAAUCUGAUUUUCUUGAUGUUUUAGGAGCUGGGUUUGAUUCAAAUAUUGGUGGACAAGAAUAUUUAGAUAAAGAAGUGUUCAGUUAUCAUGUUUAUUGUGGAAUAGAGAAGAUUUCGUCUGUAUUUUGUAAUAGGAUUAAUUAAUUGAUGUACUACUUGAAAAUGAGAAAUGUUAAUGAUCUUAAAAUAGGAGGUUUUUUGACUGAGUUUGGAGCAGUUGGAGAUGAUGAGCAAUCUAAGGAAAUACUUGAUUAUAUACUUGACAAGGCUGAUAGUUACUAAUAAUCUUGGACCUAUUGGUAAUAUAAAGGAUAUAAUGAUCAUACAACUAUGUCGACCAUGUAUGAAGAAGGGCUUUUUUAUGAAGAUGGAUCAUUUUAGAAAUAAAAACUUAGUGCAUUAAGAAGACCUUAUGCUUAUUAAAUUUGUGCUGACUCUAUUGAAACCAAUUAAUAUUACUCUGAAACUAGAGAGCAGGUUGUUAAACAAAAGUGUUUAUUCCAAAUGAGAUUAAUUAAUCAUAAGUCUUUGAUUAUAAAUGCUUAAAUUGCUAAUUGCUUUUGA